GCUUAAAUGUAACAUGCAAUGUAUAUAACACACAGUUUUAGUAUCAGCCAUCAUAGUCAAAGGCAAAGUUGAGAAAUGUCCAAACUGAUGAACAUCAUGCUGUAAAAUGACUAAAUAAAUACUGUACCUCCUAGCUAAUGGUUGACUCUAAUCAGAUGGUUGUGUUAAGGUUGUGUUGGAAAGAGUCCCGCGUAGAACACUUAGGGUAGCUUUUAUAUGGCCAUUACCAGGCAGUAAAAACGCAGUAAACUCCAUCCACCUGGAUUAGUUUAGGCUCUGUGUUUGUUUUAUUAGCAUUUCAAAGCUUUCAGAGAGAACUAUAGAUGAGAUCUUGACUGACGGAAUCUGAUUUUAGAGAGAAAAAGUUAAAGAAGAAAGAUGAAAGUUCCCGUUCUUCCCAACGGCGUUUUUUGACUGACCGACCACAGACAUAACCUAGAUUUCUGAGCAGCCUUUGAGGCUAGAGGAUUGCUUUGCUCCCAGCUAUUCUCUUAAGUCCUUUUUCACACUUUACUGGCUUUGUUUACUAUAAUCCUCUGUCUUUAGGAUAUUCCCUAAAUGAGACCAGUUAUUAUUAUUUUUUUGAACCUUUAUUUACCUAGGCAAGUCCGUUGAGAACAAAUUCUUAUUUACAAUGACGGCCUACCCCCGGCCAAACCCUAACACAAUUGUGCACCGUCCUAUAGGACUCCCAAUCACGUCCCUUUAUGAUACAGCCCGGAAUCAAACCAGGGUCUGUAGUGACAGCUCUAGCACUGAGAUGCAGUGCCUUAGACCGCUGCGCCACUCGGGAGCCCAGUCAUGUGAACCAACAUAGUUUAACCAGCAUAUUGCUGACUAAUCUGAUGGCUAAACUUUAGAGAGCACAUAGCAAAUGAAGAAAAUACAGGUGUUCUCUAAGAACAGCAUCUACAGUGAUUUCCAUAAUGAUAAGGUAUUUUUUAAUGCAAUUUCCUGACUUGCUUUAAAAUGUAGCCAAUCCCUCUGCAAGUUGUUCCUCAAAUAGUCAUUAUUAAAAGCGUUCAGCCCAGGCUAUAGGCCUACCGAAGGGAGGUCAACCUCUAGUCUAGACUUGCUAGGCCAUCCACAGCAGGUGAGACCUCUGGCCCUGUAGCUCACAAUGGCCAUCACUAAGACCCUGGUGUUGAUCAGAGGGUUGUCUACAGAGCCUGAGUGCUUUACAACCCCUGUGCCUGCCUGUGCUCUGCCUGGUAUUGUCAAACAAGAGGGAGAAUGACCCACACACAAAAGAGCAGUAAAGGCUGAAGUAAAGGACCCUUGGGUUUUAUAGGCGCUUAGGCCUGAGGGGUUUGUGAAAGAGCAGUGACCAGUCCCUCAGUCACUUCCUGUAAUGGAGGAUGAUCCACAGUGAAGCGUCAGUGUCGGGAGAAGACGAGAACAGAGACGGGAUCUUGUUUAGAGCAGACAGUGUCGGGAGAAGACUGGGGAUAUUUUUCUCACCACCUCCCCUUCUCUUUUUUUAUGUAAAAGAAGACUGAAGACUGAGAGAAACACUCUGACUGAAGAUUGUAUCAGGAUAUCUCAGGUUACUGCUAGAGGGACUGUGAAGAUGUCAUUCACCACUGCUGUUCAUCUCCUGGCACUGGUGGUAAUAUGUGACCGGGUUAAAUCUCAUCGCAUCAACUUCAACAAUGUCAAACCUCCUGUGGAAGCGACUCCAUUCCCUAAGAGCUUCAAGUGCUUCACCUGUGAGAGAGCUGCAGACAACUACACCUGCAACCGCUGGGCUGAGGACAAGUGGUGUCCACCGAAUAGCCAGUUCUGUAUGACAGUGCACCAUUUCACCAGUCACGGCAAGACCAAGUUUGUAACCAAGAAGUGUGCUGCUCGUGAGGAGUGUCAUACGUCUGGCUGUAGACAUCACAGGGACACAGGUCACACUGAGUGUGUGUCAUGCUGUGAGGGUAUGAUCUGCAACGUGGAGGUCCCUACCAACCACACCAAUGCUGUGUUUGCCAUGAGGCAGCAGGCCUACAGCUCAGCCCCAUCCCAGACUCCUGUUAGGACGACGUGGAGCUGCUGCUGGCUGACGUUACUGUCCACUCUAGGCCUGGGGCUGACCAGGCUGGUCCUACUGUGAAACUACUGUCACUAAAACCAGGUCCCUAUAGAGGGGACCAGACUGGACCAGACCAGCAUGUCCCUCAGACCAGGUCCCCAUAGAGGGGACCAGACUGGACCAGAACAGCAUGUCCCUCAGACCAGGUCCCGAAAGAGGGGACCAGACUGGACCAGACCAGCAUGUCCCUCAGACCAGGUCCCGAAAGAGGGGACCAGACUGGACCAGACCAGCAUGUCCCUCAGACCAGGUCCCUAUAGAGGGGACCAGAAUGGACCAGACCAGCAUGUCCCUCAGACCAGGUCCCUAUAGAGGGGACCAGAAUGGACCAGACCAGCAUGUCCCUCAGACCAGGUCCCCAUAGAGGGGACCAGACUGGACCAGACCAGCAUGUCCCUCAGACCAGGUCCCCAUAGAGGGGACCAGACUGGACCAGAACAACAUGUCCCUAAAACCAGGUCCCCAUAGAGGGGACCAGACUGGACCAGAACAACAUGUCCCUCUGAACAUGGAGGAUGUGUGUUUUUACAAGUCUGAUGGUAAUCUGUGAUAAAGAUGUCACAUGGAUCGAUCAAUCACAAAGGACUACAGCAGUGUCAUAAUGACUGAUGCUUGGUUUACCAAUGACCACUGAUGACACUGGUUGGAUCUACAUAAGCCAAUGGAACUGGAGAAAAACAUCCAUGGAACCAAUAGAAUUGGCCAGAGGAACAAUAACAAUGGUCAGUGGAUCUACAGAACUGGAUGCAGAGCAUCGGACUGCAGAUGCAUAGAGUUACUGUAGUUUGUUGGCUAGGGGAGUUGGCUAGCAGAGCAGCCAGAAGGGUUCAAGGAGGAUAAUGGUUUGUUCCAUUUUGCCCAUCAUAAGUCUGUCUAAUAUCUACUGCUGAUUCAAAGAUGGAGGCCCAGUAACUGUUUCCUCACCCAGCCCUGCCCUACACUACGGUUUCCUCACCCAGCGUCUUCCAGAGCCUUACACUACUGUUUCCUCACCCAGCAUCUUCCAGAGCCCUAAACCAAUGUUUCCUCACCCAGCGUCUUCCAGAGCCCUAAACCAAUGUUCCCUCACCCAGCAUCUUCCAAAGCCCUAAACCAAUGUUCCCUCACCCAGCGUCUUCCAGAGCCCUAAACCAAUGUUCCCUCACCCAGCGUCUUCCAGAGCCCUAAACCAAUGUUCCCUCACCCAGCGUCUUCCAGAGCCCUAAACCAAUGUUCCCUCACCCAGCGUCUUCCAAAGCCCUAAACCAAUGUUCCCUCACCCAGCCCUGCCCUACACUACUGUUUCCUCACCCAGCGUCUUCCAAAGCCCUAAACCAAUGUUCCCUCACCCAGCAUCUUCCAGAGCCCUAAACCAAUGUUCCCUCACCCAGCAUCUUCCAAAGCCCUAAACCAAUGUUCCCUCACCCAGCGUCUUCCAAAGCCCUAAACCAAUGUUCCCUCACCCAGCCCUGCCCUACACUACUGUUUCCUCACCCAGCGUCUUCCAGAGCCCUAAACCAAUGUUCCCUCACCCAGCAUCUUCCAAAGCCCUAAACCAAUGUUCCCUCACCCAGCCCUGCCCUACACUACUGUUUCCUCACCCAGCGUCUUCCAGAGCCCUAAACCAAUGUUCCCUCACCCAGCAUCUUCCAAAGCCCUAAACCAAUGUUCCCUCACCCAGCCCUGCCCUACACUACUGUUUCCUCACCCAGCGUCUUCCAGAGCCCUAAACCAAUGUUCCCUCACCCAGCGUCUUCCAAAGCCCUAACCCAAUGUUCCCUCACCCAGCGUCUUCCAGAGCCCUAAACCAAUGUUCCCUCACCCAGCAUCUUCCAGAGCCCUAAACCAAUGUUCCCUCACCCAGCGUCUUCCAGAGCCCUAAACCAAUGUUCCCUCACCCAGCGUCUUCCAGAGCCCUAAACCAAUGUUCCCUCACCCAGGAUCUUCCAAAGCCCUAAACCAAUGUUCCCUCACCCAGCGUCUUCCAGAGCCCUAAACCAAUGUUCCCUCACCCAGCGUCUUCCAGAGCCCUAAACCAAUGUUCCCUCACCCAGCGUCUUCCAGAGCCCUAAACCAAUGUUCCCUCACCCAGCGUCUUCCAGAGCCCUAAACCAAUGUUUCCUCACCCAGCGUCUUCCAGAGCCCUAAACCAAUGUUCCCUCACCCAGCAUCUUCCAGAGCCCUAAACCAAUGUUCCCUCACCCAGCGUCUUCCAGAGCCUUACACUACUGUUUCCUCACCCAGCGUCUUCCAGAGCCCUAAAUUAAUGUUCCCU